UUGAGAUUUGAAUUCGUCAACCAGCAGCCUGACACGCGUCAACAUUUGAUAAUACAAUGUAUUUUACAAGUAAUUAAAUAAAACGAUUUCAAUUAACUGUCAUGCGUGGUUUCUUCUUCAUCAUCGUCAUGUCCAGAAAAUGGUGACCUCGACGUGAUUGUGAAUUGAAGACGAAACUUUCUGACCGGACGGAUCGGACGUGAUGUGACGUGAGGCGAAAAGAAAAAUAGCCCAAUAAUGUUGGUUGUUGGAUCGCUCAUACCUGACGAUUGCACAGCUGGUGGAUUGUCAUAUAUAAUGCUGCAUUGAGCUCGUUAAAGGAAGUAGCCAAUUUUCAAUUAUAUUUUCAUUAAUUAAGGGAAUUUUACCUUAUUUUGUCGCAGAACGCUUGCUUGCGUAAAUCAAAUAUACCCACAUUAUUAUUGCUUGUCGACGCAAUAUGCGAUCGUAAUCAAUACGCAUUAAAUUUUAUUUACUAUUAAUUUAAUCUAUUAAUUUGCUAUUUUAAUGAUACAUUUUUGCAUAAUUUUCGUAAGCUUUUUCGAUGCUUUGCUGAUUGCUACCGGGUAAUGAAUCUUCGCAAUAUCAGUCAUUAACCGUAAAAAAAGUUUGUAAAAUACUAUUUCGUAUACUAAUUGUUGGAAAAGGGUACGGCUAGUUAUUCAAUGACUGUUUUGCACUACUUGUCGUUACAGUGUGAUUUAUGUAUAUAAGAUAUAGGGCUUAUGACAAGUGGUUGUACACACGAUUAUUUUAUUAGUUUUUUGCCGACUAUUCCAGCUAUCCGAGCCGCCAAGGAAACCCCAAUCGAAGUGGAACAAAGAGAGCUAAGACGGGAUCAGUGACGGACUGGACUAAGCGACUUGGCUGCCGCUGUAGGACACUUACAGCGGCCUUUAUGACCUAAGGCUAAAGCUCCAAAGAUGGAUUCUGCCGGGGAUUGGUGUCUCCUAGAGAGUGAUCCUGGAGUUUUCACUCAGCUAAUUCACAAAUUUGGUGCCAAAGGUGUACAAGUUGAGGAACUGUGGACUAUUGAAGACAGCAUGUUUGAAAAUUUGAGACCAGUGCAUGGUCUCAUUUUCCUGUUCAAGUAUGUUAAUUAUGAAGAACCCGCUGGGCCUAUUGUAUCAGAUGAUCGCUUAGACAAAAUAUUUUUUGCCAAACAGGUUAUCAAUAAUGCCUGCGCAACUCAAGCUGUAAUCAGUCUCCUGUUAAAUUGCAAACACCCAGAUUUGGAACUUGGUCCUGAAUUGACCAAACUGAAAGAAUUCAGCAUGACAUUCGACUCGCGCAUGAGAGGUCUCUCGUUAAGCAACUCACAGACUAUACGCAGCGCACACAACUCAAUGGCUCAACAGCCUCUCUUUGAAGUAGAUCCUAAAAUGCCUGCCAAAGAUGAAGACGCCUAUCAUUUCAUAGGAUAUAUGCCAAUUGAUGGCCGUCUUUACGAACUGGAUGGGCUACAAGAAGGUCCGAUUGAUCAUGGUGCAGUUGCUCCGGAACAAGAUUGGCUCGAUGUUGUCCGUCCAAUUAUAAUGAGAAGGAUUAAUGUAUACACCGAAGGAGAAAUUCACUUCAACUUGAUGGCCCUCGUAUCAGAUCGUAAAAUGAUAUAUCAACGUCAGCUUGAUACACUUCUUAAUGAAACACAGUUGCUGGGUAUGGAAACCGAUGCUCUCGAUACAGAAAUAGCGAGACUGAGAAUGUUGAUUGAUUAUGAGGAAAUAAAGAUGGCAAAGUACAAACAGGAGUUGGUACGCAGGCGUCACAAUUACAUGCCGUUCAUCAUUAAUUUGCUUCAAAUACUGGCUAAGGAGAAGAAGCUGAUGCCCCUGCUGGAGAAGGCCAAGGAGCGCGCUACCAAGCGGAGUCACAAGAAAAUGAAAGUAUAACACGAGCAUUCCCGCGGGCCGAAGGUGGAACCACCCACCCGGAGCCCGCGACGCGUGUCGCGACCAGCGUCGCCACGCGUGCUUCCGUUCACUGACGAUUUAGAUUUAACUUUACCCGACUUAGAAUCUGUGUACACUGAAAAUCCAGACUUACAACCCGAAGUUGAAAACUUAGUGGAAAUGCAGGACGUUGAGGUUUCAGAGCGCGCGCAGCAAUUACUCGAAAGCGUGCAAGAUGAUUUGAUGCUCCAACCGCAAGACUCGACCGAUUCCCUUGACGUAGAUUUGAAAGAGUAUAAUGAUUUCGAAAAAUCUGAUGAUUUGUAAAUUUGUGUAUUUGUGAUCGUGUUGAAAAAUAAUAAUAUUAAAAUUUAAUGAGGAUUUAAAUAAUUGUGACAAUGAAUUUAAAUAUUUUGAGAAUAAUUCACUAUUUUAAUUUGUAAUUGACAUUAAAAUAAAACAAUACAUUUAUUUAUUAUGUAGAUUUAAUAUCUUAUCAAUAUUUGUGUAGCUUACUGAACACAGACACAUCAGGAAACAUAAUGAAAAAAAAAGAUCGAGUAACAGCAAAAUAUUAUUGGAGAGUGCUUGAAAAAAUAUAAAUAAAAGCUGUUUAAUAUAACCGUCAAAUUACAUUAUCUAAAUUAUAAUACAAAUAAAUAACGAAAAUGUAUAUUUAUAUAUAUAAAAAUACGUUUAAUAAAUAUUUAAAACUUGUACAUUUGAUGUGUUUGUGUUAAUAAAUAUUUGUAGGAAAGUGUAAAUGUUUUACAAAAUAUCAAUGUACUUUGCUUGAAGUAGUAGAGAUACACUAAAUUAUAAUCUUACAUAUGUACUCUAAACUAGCAUUUAUAUCGAAUUGUUUGUUCUUCUCGUGUCAUGUACAACAUAUUAAAUGGUAGCAUUCCCUUCACACCAAUUUCUAAUCGAUACAAAAUGUCUUUUCAUUUUGAGCUGAUAUCGCUCGUGAAGUUUAUUAUUUACAUCUUAAUACAAUUUUUUAACUUAUAAUCUAAAUUAUAAACCUAAUUAACGAAAUACAAUCAUGUUUCGAAGUUUUAAUGAAUAAUAAAUUAAUGAAAUUUGCGUUUUGAUGUGGCACGUUGAUAGAAUAUUCUAGCGUCUCGUUAUUUACAAAUAUCGAAUACGAAGAUAAAAGUAUAGCGAAUAGAAUGAUUAGUGAAGAAAUAUAUUUACAGUGAUGGAUACUAAAUGUUUGUGGGGUUGCGAUGGCAACGCCAGUUUUAUUACACGGAUUCUUAGUAAUAAAAAAAUGUAUAAAA